AUGUCUAAACCUUCAUUUCAGCAACAAGAGUCUUUUGGUUCAGAUUCUGCUAGUUCGUCAUCUCGUCGCGGGUCUGCAGCGAGUGAACAUGGCGCCAGCAUUCACGAGAAUACCCACGAUGCUGUUCGGGGGUUUGUCGACCAGUACAAUUUGACAUCUUGGACUGAGAUCUUCCGCAAGGCGUCCAUUGUUCUGCAAGGAGAUUUGUCGCUAGAUAGAGUUGACGGCCUCACCUAUACCGAGAUAGAGGCCCUACAGGAUGAGGCCGAGCGGAAAUGGCAACAACCAAAGAUGCUAUACUUCACCAUUCUCAUCUGCUCGAUUGCCGCCAUCGAGCAAGGAUGGGCACAAACAGGAAUGAACGGGGCCAAUCUGACCUUUCCCAAAGCCUUUGGCAUUGACUCAGACAGUAAACAUGACAACUUUGUGGUCGGGUUUAUAAACAGUGGCAUUUAUCUGGGAGCCGGUCUGAUGGGCGCAUGGCUAUCCGAUCCCAUCAACAACCAGCUCGGACGAAGAGGGGCUAUCUUCGUUGGUGGCAUGUUCUGCCUAUUGUCGAAUCUCGGCUCCACUAUCAGUGCGAAUUGGCCGCAGCUUCUUCUGUUCCGCUUGACACUCGGAAUAGGCUUGGGUAUCAACGCGAGUACAACAUCGGUCUUUGCAGCUGAAUGCGCCCCAGAGAGAAUUCGUGGUGGCCUCGCAGUUUCAUGGCAACUAUGGACAGCAUUUGGAAUAUUCGUGGGGUUUGUGACCAAUGUGGCAGUUUACAAUUUGGAUGUUGAGACGUGGAGAUGGCAGCUUGCUGGACCAUUUAUUCCUACAAUUCCUCUCCUCAUGAUGGUGUACCUUUGCCCAGAAUCACCUUCGUUUAUGAUCAAGCAUGGCAGCCGUUACGACCAUGCAUUUCGCUCGCUAUGCAAGCUUCGAAACACCCCAUUACAGGCUGCAAAAGAAGUGUACUCUGCGUACAUCCAGCAACGAGCCAGGUCAAAACUACCAACCGUGGAGACAUCUCUACCAGCGAAGGCACUAGAACUAUUCACGACCCCUCGAAUCCGGCGAGCCACUACUGCAUCAUACGUUGUCAUGCUCGCACAACAGCUUUGUGGCAUAAAUAUAAUCGCCUUUUAUUCUUCUACUAUCUUCUCUGAUGCCGGUUUCUCAACCUUUGGAGCGCUACUAGCAUCUUGCAUCUUUGGCUUUGUCAAUUGUCUAGGAGCUUUUCCCGCAAUAUGGACGAUGGACACCUGGGGUCGACGGUAUUUGUUGCUGCUGACCCUGCCACUGAUGGCUAUUACGAUGUUCGCCGCUGGUCUGAGCUUUCGUAUACCUGCGGAUAAUCCGGCUCACCUUGGAUUUCUUGCCGCCUUGAUUUAUCUGUUCUGCGCUCUCUACUCACCUGGAAUGGGGCCUGUCCCCAGCACAUAUUCUGCCGAGGUUUUCCCUCUUUCCCAUCGCGUAGUGGGAAUGUCCUUUGCAGUGGCCACUGCGAACUUCUGGGCCACCAUUGUCUCUCUGACAUUCCCGCGCCUUCUGACUGCGCUUAAAGCCGAUGGAGCGUUCGCCCUAUACGCAGUGUUGAACAUUCUAGCAGUGACUCUGGUUUUUCUCUUCGUCCCUGAGACUCGACUCAAGACUCUCGAUGAAUUAGAUGAUGUUUUUUCGGUUUCGACACGGAGAUUCGUCAAGUAUCAAGUCACGGAAUGCAUACCAUUCGUGGUCAGCCGAUAUCUGUUGCGAGACAGGGAAGCCGAUCUUAAACCCCUUACGCUUACAAGAGAAUACCACGAGCUUGACCAGGAGGACGAGGAAGCCUCAGAGGAAAUCUAG